AUAACCGUCCCACUACUGUCGCAGUUCUUCCUGUUUGGCCUUCCGAUCCUCGCUUGGGUGUUUUUGUUCUUCUCUGCAGGAAAAAUCCCAACCAGCUGGAAACCACCCAUCAGUGUGAAAAUCCUGCCCUCUAUGGAAACAAUUCUAUACGGCGAUGACCUUUCGGACGUGCUGGCAUCGUACACAUCUAAGCCUCUGGACUUUAUCGCUUGGUUUCCGUACGGAAUAGUGCAUUUUGCAGGCCCCUUUAUUGUGGCCGCCCUGGUCUGGCUUUUUGGCCCGCCAACCGCCCUGCGCUCGUUCGGAUGGUCGUUUGGAUACAUGAACCUUGUGGGCGUGGCGAUCCAGCAGAUAUUCCCUGCCGCUCCUCCGUGGUACAAGAACCUGUACGGACUGCAGCCGGCCAAUUACGCCAUGAAGGGCAGUCCUGGAGGUCUGGGCCGUAUGGACGGCUAUUUUGGGGUGGAUCUGUACACCACGAAUUUCAGCAACGCUCCGGUCAUUUUUGGAGCGUUUCCGUCUUUGCACUCCGGCAUUUCCACGAUGAAUGCAUUGUGGCUUUCAUACCUGUUCCCCAAGUACUCUCCGUACUUUGCUUGCUACGUGUGCUGGCUCUGGUGGUCCACGAUGUACCUGACGCACCACUACUUUUUUGAUCUCACUGCGGGCUCUGUUCUGGCAGUGACGUUCUUUUUCGUU